AUGACGAAAGAGCUGACGCCACGCCGCCCACCCCACAGCCGCCGGUGCCCGCACACACCGCCCCGCCCCGCCCCGCCCGCCCGCGAGGUUGCCCGCGCGCGCGCUCGCGGUCGCGCCGGUCCCGCGGGACACGUCCCGCCAGGGCCCCCGCCCGCCCCGCCCGCGGCCGGAGUUCCCACGGCGCCCGCCAGAGCCCUGCGCCGCCCGUCCUCCUCGUCGCCGAGCCCGUCCGCGCCUUUCGCGAACAUGGCGCUUGUCCCUUGCCAGGUGCUGCGGGUGGCCAUCCUGCUGUCCUACUGCUCUAUCCUGUGCAACUACAAGGCCAUCGAAAUGCCCUCGCACCAGACCUACGGAGGGAGCUGGAAAUUCCUGACUUUCAUUGAUCUGGUUAUUCAAGCUGUCUUUUUUGGCAUCUGUGUGCUGACCGAUCUUUCCAGUCUCCUGACUAGAGGAAGUGGGAGCCAAGAACAAGAGAGGCAGCUCAAGAAGCUCAUCUCUCUCCGGGACUGGAUGCUGGCUGUGUUGGCCUUUCCUGUUGGGAUUUUCGUUGUAGCGGUGUUCUGGAUCAUUUAUGCCUAUGACAGAGAGAUGAUUUACCCGAAGUUGCUUGAUAAUUUUAUCCCAGGGUGGCUGAAUCAUGGAAUGAUGAAGAAACUGAGGCUUAGAAGGUUUCUGACACCAGAAGGGCCUUAGCUGAGAACAAAUGAUUACAUCAUGUGCUAUAGAAGAAGAGUCCUGGGCAAUCUGGCCUGUUGUCUACAUCCCUAAACUGUACAGUGUUACCUUCUGGUUAGAGAAUAAAUGACAAUCUUUGCAGAUCCUGGCACCAUCUAAUGUUGCGAAUGAAUGGUUUAUUAAGUUUGUAUGAAGUUAUUAGAACUUCAGCUGGACGCUCCUAAUUUUCCCUUGAUUCACUUUGAUGGGUUAAAAUUCUCACUCUUGGAGAAAAACACUACUUAGAAAUGCAAGGAGGAUUUGAGUGACAGAAGUAUUUAGGAAAGGGAAAAAUAAAUUAACGAACAUGUCAAGUCCUCUCAGAUAAUAUGAGCUCAAUAGGUUUCUUUCCCAAUGAAUUUUGUCUUAGAAAAGCUGAAUGACCAUUUCUUGGCUUUUUUUCGUGUUCCAAUUCAUGGUUCCAGAAUUACUCACAAAGAAGUUGCAUUUGAUGGCUGAGGAAUAUUUUGCAAUAUUAAACAGUUUACAUUACUCUAAAUAUGUAUAUGUGAAACUUUAAAUACAUCAUGCAUAAAACAUGGUGCUGAUGCUUUGGAUUGGCAAUUAAAAUAUGAACAUUCAGUGCUGCAAUCAUGAAUAAUUUAAUCUUUAUAAAAAAUGUGUAAUAUGAUUUAUGAAGCAUCAAAAAAUUAAAUCAGCAUUUUCAGCUUUUUAAAAAUUGUACUUAAUUAAUUAUAGUUUGUAUUUGCCUUUAAUUUUAAUAGCUACUUCUGAAUAUCUAAUUUUAAAGUAUGAAAAUAAUUCAUUAAAAUUUUUACAUUUAUUUAAUGUUCAUAUUUUGAUGAAAACACUCAAGUUGUAUACACUUUAAUUAUAAUUAAAUUUUAUUUUUAAUUGAUAUUUUAGAUUAAUACUGUCAGUAGAGCUCCAGUUUUGUAAGAAUUUCCAUUAUAAAAACAUAUUUAGUGAAUUUGCUGAAAUGAAGGCAAGAAAAUAAAAUUUGGGGAUAUUUAUAUUAUACUAAAUAUUUACAUUUGUAAUUUAUAAAUUUUACUACUCAUCCAAUCAUAUUUUUUAUUUUGUUUUACAAAAAUAUAUCAAAGAAUGUAGGAGGAUAGAACAUAUUUUAUUUAAUACUGUCUAGUUUAAUUUGUAAUCGUCAAAUAUUUCUGCAAAUGGUUUACGGCUCUCUAGGCCUGCUCACUAUCAUUGCCUGCUUAGAUCUUUAUAACUACAAGAAUUCCAAGAGAGAAUGUACUCUGUUCUUACGUAUAGAAUCAUAUUCAUUGUUUGAAGAAUCUCAACAUAAUUUCUAGGGAUCCAGAGCCCUGAACCACAGAACUGAGAUGCAGUGUAUAAGUCUAUCAUGACACCAUUUCAGGAGAAUCAUCAAGUCAGUCUUGAAUUUGCAGCAUUCAAACAGGCAUAAGAGAAAACUUACAGGGUCUGAAAUCCACAGGGGUUUCAAUUUUGAUUUACACUAAAGUUGCCAAAAGUUAGACAUGAUUAUAACUAAAGGAAAAUAUCCUAUCUCUUUCUUUCCAUUGUCUUCCUCUUUUCUCUCAGCAAGCAAUCCUAGAAUUUAUUUGCAGAAGGGAAGAGGAAAUGGGUGAAUAGAAGGGUAAUACACCCUUGCUGUGUAAACACUAGCUUAUCUCCAGGCUACAUUAAAAUAGCACACACCCACACACGCUCCACACAAAGAAUUUUAAUUUACUACAACUAAAAAUACAAACAUAUAAAGUAUAGCACAUUUAUUUAUUUGUUUGUUUAUUUAUUUAUUUGAUUUUGGCCGCAUUGGGUCUUCACUGCUGCGCAUGGGCUUUCUCUAGUUGCGGCGAGCGGGGGCUACUCUUCCUUGCAGUGCACGGGCUUCUCAUUGUGGUGGCUUCUCUUGUUGCAGAGCACAGGCUCUAGGCGCAAGAGCUUCAGCAGUUGUGACACGCAGGCUCAGUAGUUGUGGCUCGCGGGCUCUAGAGUGCAGGCUCAGUAGUUGUGGUGCACAGGCUUAGCUGCUCCGUGGCAUGUGGGAUCUUCCCAGACCAGGGCUCGAAACCCAUGUCCCCUGCAUUGGCAGGUGGAUUCUUAAACACUGCACCACCAGGGAAGCUCCAGUAUAGCACAUUUAAAUGGAGUCAGUUCAAUAUCCAAAAUCAAAAAUUGUUCUGUCCUUGCAACCCUAUUAUCUUUGUAUUCCCAGAAAUUCAAACAGCAUACCUGCCCAUUAGUUAUUCACUAAGUGUUGAUAAUGUAAAGGAUGUUUGUGUAGUUGCUUUUGAAACUUAGAAGAAUGUCAAGUUUACAUUUAUUUCUUUCUAUCACCUUUUAUUCUCAGUCCACUGAGAAUCAGACAAAAGAAAAACAGAAGUGAUAUCAGCAAAUGAA